AUGGGAUUGAAUAAAAGUCGGCCGGCUUUGUACUUCCCUUCUGACUGCACUUCUCGACGCCUCCGCGGUUUGAUCGUUCCCGGACUAAAAAAAUGUCCAUCCGUUGGCUAUGGGCAAGAGGAAGAGGUCGCGCAAGGCGGCGGCGGAGGAGCCCGGCGACGGCAAGGACGGGCCGUUGAAGCCGGCCGCGGAGGAGGAGGAGGAGGAGGGAGGUUCUUCUGCUGCUACCUGCUUCGGUCCCUCUCCCCGCGCCGCAAGAGCGCCACCUACAUCGGGUGCGUGGCGCGCGGGGAAGGGCGGAUCCGGCAGCACAACGGCGAGAUCCGAUGCAGCGCGUGGAGGACAAAGCGCGGCUGCCCGUGGGAGAUGGUGCUCUGCAUCUACGGCUUCCCUACCAACGUCGCCACCCUCUAGUUUGAGUGGGAUUGGCAGCACCCGAACGAGUCGCUGGCCGUGCGCAGCGCCGCUGCGAGCUCCAAGUCGCUCGCCGGCGUCGGCAACAAGGUCAAGCUCGUCUACACCAUGCUCGGCCUACACCAUUCAUUCAUUCAUCUGUUCAUUCAAUCAAGUGGAAUAUUCAUUCAUCCAUACGUACAUCCAUUUAUCCAUACAUACAUUUAUUCAUCCAUAUAUACAUCCAUUUAUCCAUCCAUAUAUACAUCCAUUAUCCAAAAACACAGGCCUAAUGCAGCCUCCGAAUGGCAUAGAAGAACACCAACUUGCCAAAAUUGUCUCCCAACCAUAAGAGCAACUAAAUUAUUUUUACGCUCCGUUACCUACCGUUAGCAUCAAAAAUGGACGGAAUGGUGUGGAGGGCGUGAUAAAGUUCGACGAUGGCAUAGAGGGAGGCUCAAACUUUUUAGUGGCACAGAGACAGACACUAUCUUUUUUAAUGGCACACAGGUAAAAACCUCUUAGGGAAAAGGUGGUUGGUUCCACGGCACGUUGCCUCACCGGACGGUUCUCCUCAUCGUCGACAGACUGGGAGUAGCCGCUGCUACGUCUUCGAUUCUGGUAUUCUGUUUUUCCUUUUUUUUUCCCCCUAUCACCCACAUUUGGUUGCUGUUUUUCUUGCAUGUCUAUUUCAAUUGUUCUUCUUUUCGUGGACUUCUUCAAUCAACAUUCAGCGAAUCAUACUUAUAAGAAAGCGCUAUUGAUGAGAUUAUGCAUCUGCUAAUCCUUUAUUAUGUUCAUUUUGCAUCGCUGUACAAUUAGAUUGGGUGCUACUAAUUUCUUUCCUUUUCUCACAUUUGGCUAUAGUUAGGCCAGCACUGCAGUAAAAUCUGCUUCUUUUGGGGCAUUGCAUUUACGUGUGCUUUGACAACUUCCCCAGGUGCAGGCCAGUGCAUGGCUCAUUUUGCUAAUUGAUGUAUAUACAGGUUUGGCGGUUGUCCAGUAAUUAUUCUUUGCAUAAUAUAUCCCGUGUGUACACAUGAUUUUUCUGUAGUUAUUUACAGAGGUUUCUUCAGCUUCUGCUGGGUUAGUCCUGAAAGGGAUGGUUGUGGCCUCUUCCCUUUGGACUCCUGAUGCUAGUGAUGUACUCAUAAUGCUUGAUGCUGGUAUGGUCACUGCACUGUCCAAUUUAGCAAUCAUGAUUCUCCCAUUUAUCAUUCGGGGAUAUAUCUAUCUAUCACAUUAUACUUCUGCAGUAACCAAAGUUUCCAUGACCAUAUGCUACACCUGUUUCUCAAUCCUAUGGAAAUUGUCAAUCACAUAAAUCAUAUAUGUCGGCUGCUUCACAUGUUAGUUCAGAUUUACUUUAUAUUGGUGUGUUAGAUCUUGGCGUUCAAUUUGUGUGCACAUGUAUUUAUUUUUUGCAACAUACUGAUUUAUUUUCAACUUGAUCUAACACCGCUACUAAUUUAAUUAACUGUGACAACUCAUUAUAGCUGAUUACAUAUGUACUAGAUCAUUAUUGAACCAUUUAUUGCAUUUGGAGGCAGCAUAUUUCAUUGAUAAAUGGAUGAGCGCCUAACCACUAGCUGGGCAAAUUUUGUUUUAGCUGGAGCGGAUAAAGCAAGCAAAUAUUUAUUUGCCUUGCUGAAUAUUUUAGCCACCUUUGCUAAAUUUUAUUAUCGGCUUAGUUCAUAACAUUGCAUUUACCAUAAUGUAGACGCCAUAAUGUAGACGCGUACCAUUGAAAGAUGAACUGAACAAGGACCCUCGAUGAGAACGGCUUAACUUUUGCUAUGUAUUUUGGUUGGAAGUCAGGGUACGAGCAUUAAAGAUUUUUGCAAUUAUGUACUUCAUAUGAAGAUGGAAAGUGCCCGUACUAUUAUUUUUUUCACCGAUGUGAUUAUGUAGAUGCAUAAAUGAUCAGGCUGUAUUUUUCAUGGACUGUUUUAGAUGGGCGGAAAUAUAAUGUGUUUUGUACUUUGAAUGAUCAAUGAUAUACCAUAUGCUACAUUCUUCUUUUCUGGAAAUCUGA